UUAAACUUUCUAGAAAAAAUUUAAUAAAAAAUUUAUGUAAAUAAAAUUGUGCAAAAUUCAGUAAUCCUUUAAAACAAAAAACUGAAAAAAUGUGUUCAUCUAUGUGCUUCUGCCCGACAUGCCCAUCAAUAUUGCCGUGUGGUAGUGGCCCGUGUCGGUUUAAUUGUCCUCCACCGCCUCCCUGCUGUCAGCCUUGCUGUCCACCUCCUGUCCCUUGCACUCCCUGUCCGGCUUGUACAUGUAAGCCAACAUUCAGACAAUGUCCGGCUCCAGUAAUUCCUGAUUAUGUGCCACCAAUAAUACCCAUGCUCCCUUGCUGCAAGCCACGCCGAGAGCCACCGCGUGACCCACCACCUUAUCCACCACCGAAACCUGUCUGCUGCCCACCAAUAUUACCUUGUUGUCCUCCUCCUGAACCUUGCGAUCCACCGCCAGUCAUUCCGUGUGUAGAACCCAUAAGGUGUUACCAACCAGUUCUACCCUGCUGCAAUCCGCAGUGCCCUACUCCAAUUCUUCCAAAACAGCGCCCCAUUUGUCCCAGAGCACCUCCGUGCCCCUAUCCCUGUCUACCAGUUUGCCGAAGCUCGUGUGAAGAUUGUGAAAUAGACCCAGUUACGCGACGAAGACCGCUUAUCGUUCAUGAUAGUGUUUUCUCAAAAAGGCCAACGGCUUUCCCCAAGGAAUGCCUGCAGCGCAAAAACCCUAAUGUCCGAUAUUCGGUUAAUAAUUGGAUGAAACAGGGUCCAACGCCUAACCUAUGCUAUCAUGUUCCGGUUCCAUUGGUGUAAGUCUUAAUAUGACCAAAUAAAUAGUGUUUUUUAAACGUGUAUUACUGUAACACACUGUGCUCAGUCGUGAUAGUAUGUGUUAAUGAUGUAAAGCAAAAUCUGUAUGUAUGUCAAUAAAUUAAAUUUUGUUCCGUUUU